GGAGAAGGAUCCGGUGCAGCCGGUCCGCCUCGCGGAUUUGCCUCCCCUCCUUCCAACAACCGCAGACCUGCCUUCCCUGCUUCCACAAGUUGCGGACGCGCGCCUUCCCCGACCCAGCGACCACCUUUUGGUUCGCGGUGGCGACGGCCACGGGUCUACUGGCCACGGCAGGACUUCAGAUCAUCGGGGGAUGUCACCGGGGGAACGAACCCCUAGGGCGCCUCCGGUCACGGGAAGAGGUGCUGGACGCAUUGCGGCGUGAGGACAAACGCGAGGACCGUCGGUACUCAUCGGCCCAUGUGCUGCGGUCGGUGCCGCGGACGGCCUUGCCACUACCACCGCCACCAGUCUCAUCGCCUACAACUGUAAUCGCUCAGGAUAGUCGCGCGCCGACGCGGCGCACCCCUGAAGUGACUCGUCCACCUGUCCAAGACGACAAGAUGGCCACCCUCAAGGCGUAUCGCCGUGCGCGCGGCCUCUGUUUCACCUGCGGCGAACGAUGGGGUCGGGAGCACCGGUGCGGCCCUACGGUACAACUGCAUGUGGUGGAGGAAUUACUGGAUAUGAUGCGCACCGAUCAAGAAGAAGAUGUGGCGACUCCUAACGCAACCAGUGAGUCGGCAGCAGAUUGUUGUGUCAUUUCCAAGGAGGCAAUCGAAGGGGCAGAAUCCCCAACAACCAUGCGUCUUCAUGGCUGGGUGCAAGGGCGUGAGGUGAUCAUGCUGGUCGACUCGGGUAGCUCGCACAGCUUUGUGUGUGCAUCGCUCGCGGAGCAUCUCAAGGGAUUACAACCGGCCAAACGUGCGCUCAAGGUCCGAGUGGCAAAUGGGGGCGAGAUGCGCAGUGAUCAAGAGAUACCAAGCUGUCAAUGGAGCACGCAUGGAGUUCAGUUCCAGACCAAUCUGAAGGUGUUGCCAUUGGGAAGCUACAAUGUCAUCUUGGGCAUUGACUGGCUUGCUUGUCACAGUCCUAUGCAGGUGCAUUGGCAGGAGAAGACCAUGCAAUUUGAGUAUGGAGGGCAACAGGUGCAGCUGCAAGGGGCUAAGGCAGAUGUCACGCAGUGCCAGAUGCUCUCAGGAGAGGAGCUCAACUUGUUACUCCAGCGAGCAGGAGUGGCACGCAUCCUGCAACUAUGUACUGUCCAAACUGACACCGUUCAAGCGACUGAGAUGCCGGUGCCUCAAUCAGUGCAGCAACUGCUUAACGAAUAUGAGCAUCUGUUCGGCGAGCCAACGGGAGUACCACCACAACGAGAGGGUGAUCAUGCGAUUCCUCUGGUACCUGGUGCACGCCCUGUGAACCUUCGUCCUUAUCGUUAUAGUCCGGCACAGAAAGAUGAAGUGGAGCGUCAAGUAGCAGAGAUGCUAGCUCAGGGGAUUAUCCAGCCGAGCUCGAGUCCGUUUGCCUCACCUGUGCUGUUGGUGCAAAAGAAAGACCUCACCUAGCGAUUUUGUGUUGACUACCGACACCUGAAUGCAAUCACAGUGAAGAACCGUUACCCCCUUCCAAUCAUCGAUGAACUGUUGGAUGAACUUGCCGGAAGUAAGUUAUUUACCAGUCUUGACUGGCGCGCGGGCUAUCAUCAAAUCCGGAUGCGCCUCGAAGACGAGCACAAAACGGCCUUCAAGACUCACCAUGGCCACUUUGAAUUCAAAGUGAUGUCCUAUGGCCUGACGGGGGGACCCGCUACAUUUCAAGGCAAGAUGAAUACUGCUUUGUCACUGUUGCUACGCAAGGGCGUGUUGGUAUUCAUAGAUGACAUUCUAGUGCACAGUGAAGAUGAACCAACACAUGUCAGGCUCCUUCGUCAAGUGUUUCAGAUUCUGAAACAACACCAGUUCAAGAUUAACAGGAGCAAGUGCUCGUUUGCGAGACCAAGUCUCACGUAUCUGGGGCACGAGAUCAGUGGUGACGGCGUCCGGACUGACAGGAAGAACAUCCGAGCAGUGGAAAAUUGGCCGACGCCAACCUCGGUCAAAGAGGUUCGAGGGUUCCUUGGCCUAGCAGGCUACUACCGAAAGUUUGUCCGGCAGUUUGGCGUCAUUAGCAGACCCCUUACUGACCUGCUUAAGAAGAACAUAGUCUUCAGGUGGACGAAUCUCGAGGAAACCGCAUUCGCUGCUCUCAAGACCGCCUUGACCUCUGCUCCAGUGCUCGCCUUACCUGAUUUUGCCAAGCCGUUUGAACUAGAGACGGACGCGUCAGACCUGGGUAUUGGCGCGGUGCUCCAGCAGGAACGACACCCUAUCACCUUCCUAAGCAAGGCGUUGGGCCCGCGUAACCGCGCUCUGUCCACUUAUGAGAAGGAAGGUCUCGCCAUCCUGCUGGCUGUGGAACAUUGGCGAUCUUAUCUCCAGCACGAUGAAUUCAUCAUACACACAGACCAACGCAGCCUAGUGCAUCUGGAGGACAAUGUUUGGCGACUCCGUGGCAGCAAAAGGUGAUGGCCAAAUUGCUUGGACUGCGAUACCGUAUUGUGUACAAGAAGGGCGAAGACAACAAAGCGGCAGAUGCACUCUCACGCCGCCCUGGGCCGUUACAAGGAGACCUCGCUACCAUAACUGUGGCGGUUCUCGCAUGGUUGGAAACAGUACAGCAAGGCUAUGAGCAGGAUCCAGCAGCCCAAAAAUUGCUAGCGAAAUUGUCUACAACACCAGAGGGACAUGCGGGCUUUCGCCUGCAGGAUGGGGUCAUUCGCCGGCAUGGGAGGGUAUGGCUGGGAGCCAAUGUAACCCUGCAGAAGCAAGUGCCCGCAGCACUACAUUCCAGUGCCAUUGGAGGCCACUCCGGCUUCAAUGUGACAUACAAGCGGAUCCGCAGACUGUUUACUUGGCCGAGUCUCAAGCACCAUGUGCGGCUGUUUGUGGAGCAGUGUCAGACAUGCAAACAAGCAAAACCUGAACGAGUACGUUACCCGGGGCUGUUGGAGCCAUUACCUGUGCCUAAGCAAGCGUGGGAGCUGAUUACUAUGGACUUUGUGGAAGGUCUUCCCCGCUCAGCAGGCUACAACAGCAUCUUAGUGGUGGUCGACAAAUUUUCACGGUAUGCGCACUUCAUUGCCUUGUCACAUCCCUUCACUGCGUUUCAAGUGGCAGUGGCCUUUGCCAACAACAUAUACAAGUUGCACGGUUUGCCAGAAGGAAUUGUGUCUGAUCGUGACCCAAUCUUUACGAGUGUAAUGUGGAGAGGGCUGUUUCGUCUCACGCACACCGAGUUGCGUAUGAGCACUGCAAGACACCCACAGACGGAUGGUCAGUCCGAGCGCGUCAACCAGUGCCUUGAGACUUACCUCCGCUGCUUCGUGCAUGCCUGCCCUACCAAGUGGUCAUCAUGGCUACCGUUGGCGGAAUUCUGGUAUAAUACUUCACCUCAUUCAGCUUUGGGGACUUCUUCUUUUGAGGUACUGUAUGGCCAUGCUCCUCGGCACUUUGGCAUCCUGGAUACUACAGUUUGUGCUUCGCCGGAUAUAGGGGAAUGGCUUCAGGACAGGGCACAAAUGGAGACUAUGCUGCGGCAGCAUCUCCUCCGGGCCAGACAGCACAUGAAGGAAUCAGCGGACAAGCGUCGAUCUGAUCGGGUGUUCCAAGUGGAUGACUGGGUGUUUCUCAAACUGCAACCCUAUCUCCAACGAUCAGUGGCCACUCGCGCUAACACUAAGCUCUCGUUCAAGUACUUUGGUCCUUUUCAGGUUAUCCAAAAGGUGGGUAAUGUGGCGUACAAGCUCAAGCUGCCGGAGACAAGCACGGUGCAUCCGGUGUUUCAUGUCUCUCAGCUCCGCAGUGCACUGCCACCAUCGGAAAAUGCUCUGGAAGAGUUACCACACGAAGCGGCACCGCAGCCGGAACCGGUGGAGGUGCUUGACAGCCGCAUUCAUCAUCGCGCAGGCGUAGACGUACCGCAAGUGUUGGUGCGUUGGACUGACCAGCCAGCAGCGCUGGCGACAUGGGAGGACCGAGAGGAGUUGCGGCUGUACUUCCCAGCUGCUACAGCUUGGGGUCAAGCUGCGUCUCAAGGAAGGGGGAAUGUUACGGCCCCUCCUACUUCUUCAGCUACACCAGGCGCUGCUACUUCUACGACCAAGGCCCAGACGGAGAUUGAGGCCCAUGGCCGACCGACGCGGGCUCGCAAGGGGAGUGAGCGGUACCCGGCCCAUAGCUGGGUCACUGGCUGAUCGAGAGGGAUAUGUACCUGCGAGCGUGGAGAGGGAGGCAGGCUGGAACAAGACACAGGCGGCGGCUGGCUUCCUCCUACCCCCAAUUCCCCUUUCUCCUACCCUAGAACCCGAGCUUGUAUCCUAAAAUUCAGUCUGUAAUCGAAGAAAUAUCCUGAACCUUA